GAAAACAUUAUAAGUGUCACAUUUUACAUUUUUAUUUAGAUGAACAAAUCUAGCUACCCUCGUUUUACGUUGUUCACUUUGGCAUUUUUCAGAGAAUUGAAAUAUCACUACUAUAUAAACACUCUCAAGAAGCACGCUUUUAGUUCUGUAUAGAGAAACAUCACCUGUCACAGUCAUGGUCAGCUGCCAACUCAGAGCUUUGUUUUGGAGAAAUUGUCUAAUACAGUUACGUUGUUGGGUCUCUGCUGCCUCAAUUAUAGGUUUCCCUCUAAUGUUCUGUAUCCUACUGGAGCUCUAUUCAAUCGUGACGCCGACGAAGACCAUCCCUGCGCAAAUAUUCACGGCCAAACCGGUGGAAGAUCUCACCCGGCCAUUCACGAAAAAGCUGCUGUUUCUGCCCGAAUCUAAAGCUACGACCAGAAUGAUGAAAGAAGGCGCAAGUUUCGAAACCCCUGAGACUCAGCCGGUUCGCCACCAGACAGAAAAGUAUGGCAACCUGGUGGCCAAUUUGCAAUUCGUGAACGACACAGAGAUUCCCAGAAAUCUCAAGUUUCAGAUCAUCACCUCUAAAUAUGACGAUCAUUACGAGAACGGGGUUAUCUUCGCCCAGUACGCAGUGACCAAGAUCUUCAUCAACUACUGGCUGAGGAAGAGGAACACCAGCAAAGCGCCACUCAUCGAAAAAUUCUACCUGCAGCUUCUGCCCAGGCCGUACAGUGUCCAGUCGGUCAGAUAUGAGACGCUGCAUUUUCUGGAACUUGUCUUCCCUUUCUUGUUCGUAGGUUUGGUCAGUUUCACAACGUUGUGCGUUGUCCAGGAUAUGGAACGAAAAAUUAAGAGCUUCUUCAGUGUGUUCGAGAUGCCUGAGAGCACCUACUGGCUUUCCUGGUUCCUGACCAGUUUCUUGAUUGGUCUCCUCACCUGCCUGGCUAUCACUGCUGUUAUGUCCAUCGACAAGGACCACAAUGGCACAUUGGUGCACCGCAACCCCGUGCCGAUUCUCUUCAUUCUUCUGGUCUAUCUUGUGAACGUCCUCUCGUAUUCCUUCCUUGUCGCCUGUCUUGGCAGAAAAGCCAGAGAUGCUGCCAUUACCGGUGGUGUGAUAUUCCUCCUGACCAGGUACUCUGCCCCAAGUCUGUUGCAUUAUACCAAGUCCAGGGUCUUGGCCCUCGCUACAGGUUGCGUCGUCUUUCACACAGGAAGCCUGGUCCUUGACAUUCUCUUUGCCAACGAAAGACAAGAGAAACAUAUGGUCUGGUCCAGACUGUGGGAGCCCUAUGAGUUGAUGCCUCACCUGAAUGCGCUGGACGCGCUCCUGAUGCUUGGGAGUAACACCCUCUUGAACUCCGUCCUCGUCUGGUACUUGGACAGUACUCGCCCAGCCCAGUGCGGCACCCCUCAACCAUUCUGGUUUGCCUUUACGAGAAAAUACUGGAUGGCGUCUAAGAAUUCCUCGUCGUUUUUUCCUGUUGGGUUGUUACAGAGUUUCCAUAAGAGUGAUUUAGCCAAUGACAGCCUGACUGCAAUAAUCCAAAUCAGAGGCCUUGUCAAGGUUGUUGACGGUCCAUUCUCUAUACUGGGCACAGACUUAGACAUGUUUGCACAUCAAGUAUCUGUUAUGGCAGGACCCGCAGGUGCAGGGAAGACUACAACCUUAAAUAUGCUUACAGGUCUGGAGGUAGCUAGUGGUGGCAGCGCCUACAUCAACGGCAGCGAUAUUAAACUUAACACGGCAGUGGCCAGAGCCUCUCUCAGCCUCUGUCCGAAUCACGACACACUGUUUGACCAGCUGACCUGCGGCGAGCAUCUGGAGUUCUACUCUAUGCUACGCGGCCGCUACCAGGAGAUCCUAGGAGACAAUGACAUUUUUUACAGUCACAUUGAUAAGGAGCAAAAGAAAGCAGAGAUGAGCGCGCUGUUGGAAGACCUGGGCCUGGCCGAGAACGUCCCCUGCAAGUCUUUGAACACAUCGGAUAGGCAGAAGCUGGCUAUAGCAUGUAGCUUUGUGGAGGACUGUCGUGCAAUAUUCCUUGAUGAGCCAUUCGAAGCCCUGGACACGCCCUCGAAACGUGAAGUCCAGAAAUUCCUGCACAACAAAAAGAUGAACAAGGCGAUAGUAGUGACCACGAGGCAUAUCGACGAGGCGGAGGAAACUGCAGACAGGAUCAUCAUCAUAGUGAAAGGGGUCAUCAAGGCCUCGGGAUCCUUGGGAUAUCUUCAGGGACUGUUUGGCAUCGGCUACCAUAUCAACUUAGCCAUGGAAACAGAUUACGACGUCAAUGAGGUGUCAAAGGUCAUCCACAAGGGAAUCGUCUCCAAUCCUGAGCCUGACGUUCAGAAUGAAACAGAACUUCGAUUUAGAAUAGCAGAAGAUUACGCUAAGCUACUUCCUGCUAUACUCAGAGAUCUUGAGAAUCAAAGAGUCGCCUUGAAAAUCAAACAUCUAAGUUUAAACUCUAACUGGCUAAAAGAUGUUUAUACAAGAUUCGAAGUUGGACUCGAGGAAAAACAAUACUGGGAGGAAGAGAUAUCAGAAUCUCGAGUUUCUAUCUUCGACGAUUUAGUAGGAAUUGAGAGGUUUUAUAGAAGACAUUCUGACGCCCUCAGCCAUGGAUCUAACAAUCUUGCACCAGAGGAAGUCCUAAGGAAAGUCCACGAGAAUCUCGACUUCCAUCACCUGAAGCACUUCCCUCUUCUGGCUCACCAGCUUCAGGCCAUCUUCCUCAUGAAGCUCAUCCUCUUCUGUCGGGGCAGGCGCCUGUCUGCGCUCCAGCUUCUUCUGCCGUUUGCGCUCACCCUCCUGGGGCGCAUCAUUGACGGCCAGGCGGGCGUCGAGCGGACAAAGUCCGACCCCCUGUACUUCACGCCGAGUUCUUGGAGGAGAGAUUUGGUGUUUCCGGUUUUUUAUGAAAAGUUUGAUCGGGCCAGGCUGGUGAUGGAAUACAUCUUGGAAGUCCACGAAGUCUACGGCGAAAUUGAAGAGUUUAAGUAUUCGAGCUCGUCUUUCAACGGGACAAUUGAAGAGUUCGCUAACCUCAUGCUGAAUGACCUGGCCAAAGAACGGACAAUACCUCUUUACAAGGAACUGGUCCAGUACGGUCUGGUCAAACUGGUCAACAGCCCUUACAUUAUCGUGUACUACAGGAACGCGUCCAAUCACUCGGACGGUAUAGCGAUGCAACUAGCCUUAAACGCCUGGGUGAAAUGCUCUCUGGGAAGUGAGUUCUCGGUCCAGAGCGGGGUGCAGUUACACCCGCGGCCCUACGAGGAUAUGGUAGACAGGUUCCCAAGGCGAUGGACCACCUUCUUCUUCCUGUCCAUCUCCAUGGCAGCCGUCCCGUUACCUUUUAUGUACAGACUCGUUUUGGAGAGGGCGUCCGGAACCAAGCAGCUGGAGUCCAUGAACGGGGUCAGGCCCUACGACUACUGCAGGGGCCACUUCCUGUUUGACUUCAUCCUCUACUACCUGAUGGUUGUUCCGGUGAUGGUGGUGCUGUUCCUGAGUGGCCUCACGAACCACGACCAGACCUUGCUGACCAUCAUUAUCCUCACUGUGUUUGGUCUGACAAUGAUCGAAUAUCUGUACGCCUUGCAUUUCUUCUUUCUGAAGCCGAUGGUGGCAGCGUUUGUUGUAUUCAUGAUCAACAUGGUCAUCGGUGUGACACUGAGCACCUAUGUUGUGUCGUCGGCUCUUAAGGGCAAACCAGGCCAAGAGUUUAUCCUGUUCAUCGGUGUCACUGUCAGUAUCUCAACCCCAAACUUUCCGCUGACUGGAUUCUUGUACCUCCUGACCAUCCAGCCGUCAAAUUUUCUAUUUCCAGUGGAUACGGAAAUCUAUGACUCUAGUACCUUCUUCUGCCAUCCAAUAAGCUUCAUCUACUGUCUCCUGUUCCAACUUCUGGUGUUCUGGACAGUCGUGGCCUUCUUUGAGUUCAAAGUCGACAAAAAAAUUAGGUGUCUGCUUCCUACAGAAGUCACAGACGACGUCUCACCCAUUGACUUUCUGGAGGAUGUGGAUGUCAAGACCAUACGAAAUAAAAUAGACUCCGCCCACAAAUCGAACUUGAUCUUAACAUAUUCCCUGGUGAUGAAAAACUUGAAGAAGCAAUAUCGUACUGACCACCAAGUCCUCACAGCUGUCCACAACUUUUCUUUUGGCAUGUACGAGAAAGAAUGCCUGGGACUGCUGGGUCCCCAGGAUGCCGGCAAGACCACCGUCUGCCAGAUGAUCACAGGGGAAGUCAACAUCUCUUAUGGUCAGGUUCAUAUGAAUGGGCUAAACGUCAUGAAGCACGCUAAAAGAACACAGACCAUGAUCGGGUACUGCCCUCAGCAUGACGAUAUGCCUGACCAGUUGACCGGAAGGGAGGCGCUGUACAUGUUCGCACGUCUUGGGGGCGUACCUCGAAAGGUGCUUCCAAAAAUUGUUCAAAAUACCAUCGACCUAACCUCAAUGUCUCCGUACGAGGAUCAGCUGAUUAAGACUUACAGCUCCGGCUUUAAAAGACGAGUCUCUGUGGCUAUCGCUAUAAUUGGCUCACCCAAAUUCAUUCUCUUGGACGAGCCUACAGAGGGCUUGGAUACACAAGCAAAGCACAUGCUGUGGGAAGUCUUCCAGAACCUUCGAAAAGCUGGAAAAACUUUGAUUUUAGCCACACGCAGCAUUGAAGAGUGCGUGACUGUCUGUACGCAUAUGGCAGUUAUGGUCAAGGGUCACACGGUAUGCCUGGGCGCCCCGGAGCGUCUGAAGCAAAAGUUUAGCAAAGGGUACACGGUCACUCUGUACGCCAUGCCUAGCGACAUCGGGGGAUACAUUGACCUGACGCCCGCCGAGGAAUUCGUCCUCGACACGUUUCACGGCUCAAAGCUGUUUGCUAAAAGUGAAUCCUACGUGGACAUCCUUGUCCCUGAAGCAGUCCCACCAGCUGAUGUGAUUGACAGCCUGGAGAGUGCGCUGAAUACUUUAAACUUCCAGCGUUACAAAAUCCAACAGACGACCU